CUCUCUCUCUCUCUCUCUCUCUCGCUCCGUGGCUUGCUUUCACUUAUAGUACCUACCACUCCCAACUUGUCUCUGGUCUGUUCUGCCAUCUCCAUCUUUGAAUUUCAGAUAUUAAUCUUGCACCAAGUCUCUCUCUUUCUUCCCAUUUAUAACCCCACAAUUGCAUUGCAUACUCAUACAUUUGUCUCAUUAUCUGAUUGUAGAUUUCCUCACACUUGGAUCUCAUUUUGCUUUGUUUCCUAUGCUUAUUUCUGUUUGUUGUUGUUGUUGUUGCUGUUGUAGUAGCGGCAGCAUUGACUGUUUAGGAUGCUGAUUAUGUACAGACCAUUUUCCAGAGUGCCCUGCAUUGUUGAAGAUGAGGGGUUUUAUGCGGACUACCUUUCCUUUAAUUUUCUCAUUUUUGGGGUACAUUGUAUCGUUCACAACCUCUCUUUUCCUUUAAUUUUCUCAUUUUUGAGGUACAUUGCGUCGUUCACAACCUCUCUGAUUCCUAAGCUAGGAAAAAUUAGAUUCUGUAAGGUCUUCCUUUCAUCAUUGGCUCUGCAAGCUUUUCUGCUCAUACACUGCCCCUUUUCUCACUAUUGUAUAGAUUUUCCUCUUCUUCCCCCUAUUGUUUGACAAUAAUUUAAGUUGCAUUUGGAUUUCUUGUCCAUUUAAUUUGGCCCAUUUGUCUACCUUUUGUAUUUCCUGAAGUCUGUGUGUGUGUAUAGCUCCAAUUUUGUCAAAUGCAGGCCACUUGUUUCAUACUACUGUUAUUAAUAGUAUUGGGAACAGGAGAAUCAGAUUUGGAGGCGCUCUUAGAACUUAAGAAAGGGAUUAAGAAUGACCCUUUUGGAAAAGUUCUUGUUUCAUGGAAUCCUAAAUCAUUGGCAUCUGAUGGAUGCCCCCAAAACUGGUAUGGGAUAAGCUGUAGCAAUGGCCGUGUGACAUCCAUCACUCUAAAUGAUGAAGGUCUAGUAGGAGAAUUUCACUUCUCAGCUAUUACUAGCCUUAAAAUGCUUCACAACUUAUCAGUUUCAAACAACCAGUUGACUGGAACUAUAUCAGAAAUUGGGUCACUUGUGUUGUUGGAAUUUUUGGAUCUCUCUGGAAAUUCGUUUCAUGGGUUGAUACCCUCUGGGUUCACCAACUUGAAGAAUUUAGUGCUACUAAAUCUUUCCUCAAACAACUUUCAAGGCACAACUCCAGCUGGAUUUGGAAAAUUUGAGCAAUUGAAGCAUGUAGAUUUGCGGUCUAAUGCUUUUUCUGGGGACAUUAUGCAUCUUUUGUCCCAAUUGGGUAGUGUUGUGUAUGUUGACCUCAGCAACAAUCAGUUUUGUGGGUCCUUGGACCUGGGAAUUGGAAACUCGAGCUUUGUUUCCACAAUUCAGUAUUUAAAUGUUAGUCACAAUUCUAUUGUUGGAGAGCUUUUUGCUCAUGAUGGGAUGCCAUAUUUUGACAGCUUGGAGGUGUUUGAUGCUAGCAAUAAUGGGCUAGUGGGAGCAAUCCCAUCCUUUAACUUUGUCGUUUCUCUUCGCAUUCUUCGGCUUGGAAGCAAUCGAUUAUUGGGGUCUCUACCAGAAGGUUUUGUACAAGAGAGCUCAAUGGUCUUGUCUGAAUUGGAUCUCAGCCUCAACCAGCUUGAAGGUCCAGUGGGAAGUAUUACCUCUGCAACUCUAAAGAAACUCAAUUUGUCGUCCAACAAGCUCUCAGGCUCCCUGCCUGCCAAGGUAGGGCACUGUGCCAUAAUAGACCUGAGUAAUAAUAUGCUAUCAGGAAACUUGUCCAGAAUCCGGAGUUGGGGGAAUUAUGUUGAAGUUAUUCAAUUAAGUUCAAAUGCAUUGACAGGGACUCUGCCAAACCAAACGUCUCAAUUCUUAAGAUUGACUUCACUAGAGAUAUCAAAUAACUCCCUGGAAGGUGUUCUCCCACCUCACUUGGGCACGUACCCUGAACUAGAAGUGAUUGAUCUGAGCCUUAACAAGUUUAGUGGGUUCCUUCCUCCAAGUCUUUUCAGCUCAACAAGAUUAUGUGUUCUUAACCUGUCAGGCAACAAUUUGAUUGGACCCAUUCCUCUGCAGGCAAUCACAGAUGGUGCUUUGAGAGGUUCAAUGCAAAAUUUAAGCCUGGUAUCCCUUGAUCUGUCACAUAACUCAUUGAGUGAUCAUUUGCCUGAGGAAAUUAGUCAGUUCCACAAUUUGGUCUAUCUUAACCUAUCUGGCAACCAUUUUGAUGGCAGGAUCCCUGACAAUCUUCCGGAUGAACUGAAAGCAUUCGAUGUGUCUUAUAAUAAUCUGUCUGGUGUUGUGCCUCAGAGCUUGAGGAGGUUUCCUGAUUCAGCAUUCCAUCCAGGAAAUUCAUUACUCCUUUUCUCUUACUCUCCAUCAACGCCAAAAGAUGUUCCUGACUUAAGGGAGCAUAAGUCUCAUAUGAAACCUGCUAUUAGGGCUGCCCUGAUCACUGGUUUGGCUACUGGUGCUGCUAUUAUAGCUCUUUUGUCCAUUAUGAUCUAUUACAGAUCCCACUGGCAAGAAUGUGAUAAGAGGAGUUUGGAAAAAAAUGGAGGAAGCAAAGGUAUCCAACCAGGGGAUUCUUCCCUUCGUUUUAAAUCUGCACCAGGCACUAAUAUGGACCCGUCAUUAGGUUCAUUUAAUCUGCCUCAAGACCAUGUGUCUUCAUCAAAAAAGGUAUCUGCUCAUGAAUAUGCAGGCAGUUCAUCAAGAGGGAGGCCUAGAUACCUCAGCCUCCCUGAAGUAAUGAGGAAGGACAAAGGAGAAAUAACUUCUCCAGGAUCUCUCUUGUCAUCCUCCAAUCCAUCACCUUCGGAAAACCAGUUUCAGUUUGACAACCCUGGCGUAAUUCGCUCUCCAGACAAAUUGGUGGGGGAUCUACAUCUGUUUGAUGGAUCCUUUCUGUUCACAGCAGAAGAACUUUCUCGUGCUCCAGCAGAGGUUAUUGGCAGGAGUUGUCAUGGAACAUUAUAUAAAGCAGAAUUUGGUUCUGGUCAUGUAGUGACUGUGAAAUGGCUGAGGGAUGGGAUAGCCAAAGGAAGGAAGGAAUUUGCAAGGGAAGCAAAAAAGCUUGGGAGCAUCAGACAUCCAAAUUUGGUUUCACUGCAGGGUUACUACUGGGGCACGAAGGAGCAUGAGAAGCUGAUCAUAUCAAACUAUGUCAAUGCACCAUGUUUGGCCAUAUAUCUACAAGAGACACAGCCCAGAAAAUUGCCACCCUUGUCUCUGCAUGAAAGGCUGAAGAUUGCUAUAGACGUGGCUCGCUGCCUUAAAUACCUCCAUAAUGAAAGGGCAAUCCCUCAUGGCAACCUCAAAUCUACAAACAUCUUAGUACAGUCUCCCAACUUGAAUGCUCUUCUUACCGAUUACAGUCUGCACCGUCUAAUGACACCGGCUGGCACAGCUGAGCAGGUUCUAAAUGCAGCUGCUCUGGGUUACAGGCCACCUGAGUUUGCAAACUCAAGUAGACCCUGCCCUUCAUUAAAGAGUGAUGUUUAUGCAUUCGGGGUUGUCUUCUUGGAGCUCCUGACGGGAAGAAUUUCUGGCGAGAUUAUCUCUGGGAGUCCAGGUGGGGUUGAUCUGACAGAUUGGGUGAGGCUGUUGGUGGAACAAAACUGUUCACCCGAGUGCUUCGACAGGCUGAUUAGGGGUGUGCAUGUGGAAUGCCCACCUAAGGGUCUCGAUGAUAUGCUGCAGGUGGCUCUAAGAUGCAUCCUUCCAGCAUCUGAAAGACCUGACAUGAAGACAGUUUUUGAAGAUCUUUCACUGAUAGUGUUAUAGCAGCCUUAACAGGUCACCUUAGUUGACUGCUAGUGAGUCCUAACUGCACCAUUUUGCACUAACACUAUUUAUUGUCCUAUUCCAUUUUGGUCUGAUCCUAUCAUUGAUUACAAUAUGUUAUUGUCGCGAUUGUCAUCAUUUUAUCUAAACUUCAACUUCAACUCUUAUGAGCGAUGACUUGAGAUUAAUUUCUUUGUAAAAGAAGGCAAUAAAUUUCUCUGUACAUGGGUUGUAUUAAACACUGUUUUUGGGCCUUCAACAGGGAGUGAUCAUUCUCAGAACUUUUAUGUUUGGAAAUAACUACUAAUAAAAGAAAAAACAGAGUUUUUUGUGCAAA